AUGUCUGAAUCGGGGUCCGCUUCUGGGUCGUCUUCGGACGACGAGGUACCGUCUCGACUUAUAGAUUUCGUUGUUAUACCUGGAGUCUACGGCAAUUGGACCGACAAAGACUUCGAGCCGAGCGCUGGAUCUGGAAGCUCAGCCUGGGUCACGAAAUUCGCCGACGAAGGCUGGGAGAGUCUCAAGAACCCCCAAAGUAGUUGCCGGGUGUUUCGUUUCGAGUAUGACCCUUCUGAACUUUUCUCUGGUCAUAGAUCUCGAGAAGCAAUCCAGCGAGUUGCACUGAGAUUGCUCAAUGCGUUACGGUCAAAGCGUUCCGGCGAGAUCAAGGGUUUUGAUGCUUACUGUGCGACGCUGGGUUUACCGUUGGAAUUAACAUUGACAGCACCAGCUGGGACGGACUAUUCCCCUCUCACUCGGUAUCUUGCCAAGAUAGAGCCAGAUGUUCGGGAGCCGAAAGAGUCGUUCGGACCGCGUCAGUAUGCUCAAGAGAGAAAGCUUCUUGCUCUGGCGUCUCCAAUCUAUCCACUUCGAAACAAGGUUAAGCCCAACCCAUUGGCCGAUCUACCAGCUUAUAAAUCCUGGCUGAAAAGUCCCUGUCCUCAAAUACUUUAUCUCCACGGCAGCUACCGCGUAAGGGAUGUAGCCGAAAGCGUGUUCUAUACCCUUGAGGACGAAGCCACAAGGGUGAAACGACGGGCAAACGUUCUCUACUUUUCUUUCGACAGAUUCGACGUCCGUGCUGAUAGUAUUCGGGACAUGAUCGCUACCUUCUUGGCCCAGAUCUGCAACCAUCAUCCCAGGCUCGGACCUGCUAUCAAUCGACUGUGCAGCCAGAUCGAGAAUGAGAAAGGUUGGACUGAAAAAGACCUGAUACAGUUCUUUGAGAUGUUUAGAAUCUCAGCAGAAAUUGAGCAGACAAUGGUUGUGAUUAAUCACUUUGACGAGUGUAGUCACGGCUCGCGCCAGAGGUUCCUGGACCAUGUCACUGACAAGUAUUACAAUGAUGAGACUCCUUGGAAAAUCGUUGUGACCAGCCAUGAGCCGGGUGCCCUAAUGGAGGAGCUUUCGGGUCCAUUUUGUGUCCCUAUUGAUAUAUCUUCCCUGGAAUCUGGAGAACUCGCUGUGGACAGUUUCGAAAGCGACAUCCAAGAACUGAUAAGGGCGAGAGGAGAUCUAAAUCUCAGAGAAGCGCAGAUCCGGGAUGAGCUUCACUUCACUGAGAAGCUGGACCCUCCAGUGCGCCACAUUCUGUUUGAGCAGCCGAGAGUCCGUGACGAGUGGCCAGAUGAGAUAUCGACUGAUACAGUUCUUGGAUCGUUGGGUCUUAGCCAGCAAGAUGAUAGCGAUAAGAUUAUGGAAUCUGUGCUGCAUGCUGUGCUCAAGAAGUACCCCGACCAAACCUCUCUCGAGUGUCUUCUCUCCUGGCUCUUAUACGCUGUCAGACCACUCACGAUCUCGGAACUGGCGACUAUCAUCUCGUUCUCAAAUGAGAGGGAAUGCGCUAAAGUAUCUCCCAGUUUCAUGGCUGUCGAUAGGCUUAUUAAGAAGGUUGAGAAUGACUUUGCUGGUAUUCUUGAGGUGGAUCACAACGAGGUCAGGUUUAAGCACCCAUGCUUCCACGAGAUCAUGGUCAAUGAUGAUCCUUCAACUCAAAAUGCCGAAAAUAAGGAUUAUCUGUGGAACAAGGUCAAAGGAAAAGCUCACCACCUCAUUCAGACCAUGUACCUGGAAUACCUAUCUAGAGAUGCUGUUCAGGACUACGUCAGGGAGACCUUUGCAGUUACAGACGCAACAACCUUUGAGACACCACCUUUCCCAGACCGCACAAACCUUGCCUCAUAUGCUAUCCAGGCAUGGACAUAUCACUAUUCUUUGAGCUCUCCUCUUCCCGAUAUCUCUGCCUUGUUAUUGAAGAAGGACCUGGUCCAGACCCUGGCCAAAGCCCAGUGGUGUCUAUCUAACCCUGCCACCAGACGCUCUCCUUGCUUCCAGUCUAUGUUCCCAAUAUUCGCUGGACUUGGCCUCCCAAACGUGGUGGAGCCGCUGGGUAGCGAUGACGCGUUGCGAGGUCUUAUAGAAGCAGCAAGCAAGGGACAGAAACAAGUGGUCGAGGAUCUUCUUAGUGAAUACGACUUCACGCCAAACGAGACAUGGGAGGUUCUCAAAGCUGCGUGUUCUUCUGGUGGUGAAGAGCUGAUGAAUGCUCUGCUAGACAAGAUAGAAGCCAAGGGGAAGAUUCCUGACAACUUUGAAUGGCCGCCUGUUUUGAUCUAUCGGGCUGCCAAUCUGGGUCUGGAGGGCUUCGCCGAAAGGAUACUCAGACUUGGAUGUCCCGCAGAUCCAGAUGUUGACUGGAGAAAAGAGACAUCUAUGCACGGGAUCGUAGAGAGCAAUUUGUUAUUUAACGCCUUAUGA